AUGGCCCAGUGGCUUGGGCACCCUGGCAGUAUCCCAGCAUUCGUGCUUCCUUCGGGUGGCAUGGCGUCGAAGAAAAAGGGCUUGAGUGUGGAGGAGAAGCGUCAGAAAAUGAUGGAGUUUUUCUACGAAAAGAAAGACUUUUUCCAACUGAAGGAAUUGGAGAGAUUAUGUCAAAAAGAAAAAGGCAUCAACUCUAUGUCUGUGAAAGACGUAUUGAUGAGCCUUGUUCAUGACGGAAUGGUGGAUACAGAUAAGAUUGGAACCUGUGUAUAUUUCUGGGCAUUUCCCAACAAGGCAACACAAAAGCAUAAGAACACCAUAGAAAGGCUGAAAGUUUCUAUCGAGAGCACAAAACAACAGGCCGACAAAGUGCAAAACGCCCUGCAACAAGCCGGCGCAAGUCGUGAAGAUACGAGUGAACGACGGCAAAUUUUGGAUAAACUCACUAUUCAGCGAGCACGCUUGGAGGAGCUAACUUCAGAGCUAGCACAGCUACGUAAAUGCGAUCCCGAACGUUUAGAAGAACUCAAAAGUGAACGUCAGUGUGCAUUCGAUGCUGCAAAUCGAUGGACUGACAACGUUUUCGUCAUCCAGUCAUGGCUGAGAAAUAAAUUUUCCCUGGAAGAAGCCCAAUUCCGGCGCCAAUUCAACAUCCCAGAAAACUUUGACUACAUUGAAUAACUCAAUCCUGCGUUUGCACAAGGCCACCUUAUUUGUUCACCAUGUUAUUACUUUUUGGGAUACUGUUGUUUUCAAAGUCUUUCCACACAUGAGCUUACCACAUGUCCGUACGGUCACUGAAAAUUCACACAUUGCUUUUCAAACUAGUUUAUUGCAGAUUUUGUUAACAGGGUUUCAGGGCUUCCGCCAUGUUUUUUCGGCUUUCUGCAACGCAUUUACAGGUUUUUAUUUUCAUAUCACCCCACAAAUUAUAUAGUUUUAUGGAUAUGGCCGCCCAUUAAUUGUCGGUUUUUCCAAACUCCGAUCCCUAUUAUACAGAAACAAAAGAGUAAUGCGGCAAGUUAGAUUCACA